CCUUUUUUUUAAUUCUUUUCUUUAUUCUUUCUUCUUCUUUCUUCUUUCUUUUUCAAUUCAUUCCGUCCUCGUACUAACUUGCACUCAAAAUGAGCACGGACAACCUCGCCGUAGACGCGAGCCGACCGCGCUCGGGAUCGUACGCGCACGCCGUCGAGGGCAACAAGAAGCACGUGCACAUUGAGCUCGACGAGAUUGAGUUGACAACCACGCGACCCGUCGAAGACCUCGUUGCCGACCAAAUCCAUGCAGCCAACCCGGCACUGCUCGCAGUCGCACAGGCACGCCUGGACCCGUCGCGCAUCUCGCACACAGACCCCAAGCGCGCCCUCUUCCCGCAGGACUUCAAGGAGGCCUACCGCCCGUUGCGCGAAUCCGCCGACCGAUCCGCCAGCAGCGCAAGCCUCGUUGUCGACCUCAACGACCCCAACUUUGACAUGCGCUCGUACUAUGUCAACUUUGUCGAGCGCUUCUUCCCGGGCCGCAUGCUCGGUGCGUUUGUCGAGUUCCGAGACAUGAGCUACAAGAAGAUGAUCAACACCAAGCAGACAGUCAGCACCGUCUACUCGGACUUGCUCCAAUCCAUGCACCUCCGUGCCAAGCCGCCGCAGGUCGAGUUUACCAUUCUCGAUGACAUUUCGGGCUACAUGGAGCCCGGCGACAUGGUUGCCAUUCUCGGCGGCCCCGCCUGCGGCAAAACCAGCCUGAUCAAGGCCAUCGCCAACCGCCUCCCCAGCGAUCGCAACGGCACCCUGCUGAUCAAUGGCCUUCCAGUCCCGGAAAACUUCAACCGAAUCUGCGGCUACGUUCCCCAGAGCGACAUCCACACGCCAACCCUCACUGUGCGCGAGACGUUCGAGUUUGCUGCCGAGCUGCAGCUUCCCCGCGAGAUGACUGCCGAGCAACGUGCCUCCCACGUCGACGUCAUUCUCAAGCUCCUCAGCCUUGAGCAUGCUGCCAACACGCUUGUCGGCAACGCUCUGAUCCGCGGUGUCUCUGGCGGUGAGAAGAAGCGCGUGACCAUUGGCGUUGAAAUGCUCAAGACCCCCAACAUGCUGUUGCUCGACGAGCCCACCACUGGCCUCGACUCUGCUGCCGCCUUCAAUGUGCUGUCGCACGUUCGCUCGAUUGCAGAUGUCGGCUUCCCAUGCAUGGCCGCGCUUCUGCAGCCUUCCAAGGAGCUGUACGAGCUCUUCAACCAAGUGUGCAUCCUCUCGCAAGGCCGCAUCACGUACUUUGGCCCGCGCGGUCGCGUGCUCGACUACUUUGCCAGCCUGGGUCUCCAUUGCCCCGAGAACAUGAACCCUGCCGAGUUCCUGGCCCAGUGCUGCGACCACCCUGAAAAGUUUGUGGCUCCCGAGGUGAGCGUUGGUCUUGACAUUGACUUUUUCGUCGACAAGUUCCACCAGAGCGACCUGUAUGCCGCCCUCGGUCGCCGCCUGUGGAAGGGCGUUGCGCCCAAGGAGUGCCCGCCCGCGGCUCACAUUGACGAGUUUGGCAAGUACCCGCUCGAGCUGUGGCGCCAGUUCAAGCUGACCCUCUCGCGUGCCAUGAAGAUGCAAGUCCGCGAUCCCACCGCCUUCAAGGCUCGCAUCGGUCGAGGCAUCAUGACGGCCGUGCUGUUCGCCACGGUCUUCUUGCAGCUGGGCGACAACCAGCGCGAUUCCCGCAACAAGCUCGGUGUUAUUUCGACUGCCGUUGGUCACUUUGGUUUUAUGGGUGGCGCCGCAAUCCCUCAAUUGCUGGCCGAGCGUGAUGUGUACUUGUUGCAGCGAAAGUCAAAGUACUUUCAGCCGUUUGCUUACUUUUUGGCGGUCAACCUCGCGGAUUUCCCUGGUCUGCUGCUCGAAACGAUGAUUUUUGUCUGCGUCAUCUACUUUGCCGUCGGAUUUGUUUCAACUGCCUCGGCCUUCUUCUACUUUAUGUUCAUGUGCAUUGGCUCUGCUCUUUGGUCGACCACGUAUGCCCGUGCUCUUUCAGCGAUGAUUCCUACAAUCAGCCUCGCCAACGCCAUCAUCCCGUCGUCCAUCGUCCUGUGCUUUUUGUUCACAGGCUUCAUCCUCUCGCCGUCGGCCAUUCAAGACUUUUGGAUUUGGAUGUACUGGCUGUCCCCCAUGCACUACACCUACGAAGGUCUUGCGCUGAACGAGUUCUCCGGUCGCACUCUGUAUUGCGAGCCCAACGAGCUCAUCCCGCCCACCUCGUCGCCGCUCUACAGCCUGCCGUUCUCGGCUGGUGGCUUUAACGGCACUCAAGUUUGCCCUCUUCCCACUGGCGACAAGUACCUGAUGUCUGUGGGCGCCCAGCUGGGCGACUCUUGGCACACCUGGGACAUUAUCCUGAUCUACGUUUACUGGCUCUUCUUCCUGGUGGUCUCGUUCUUUGCCGUCAAGUACACGCGCGAGUCGCACAGCUACAACCCGCACUACGAGUCCAAGGAGGCCCUGAGGCACCGCCGCGAGCUCUUGUCCCGCAAGAUGAUUGAGCGCCGCGAGGAAGCCAACGCGUUUGCCCAAGAAAUGCAAGAGCAAAAGGACUUGUACCUUGGCGAGGGUCGCACCGAGUCGGUGGCUGCUGCUACCGCCGCGGCUGCCGUGGUCUCCCGUCUGCAGCCCAACCAGAAGGCCUUCCUCGAGUUUAGCAACCUCAAGUAUGACGUUCAAACCAAGGACGAGAACAACAAGGAGUUCACCAAGACUCUGUUGCAGGACAUCAACGGCUAUGUCAAGCCCGGUACCUUGGUGGCUCUGAUGGGUCCUUCCGGCGCUGGCAAGACCACGCUCCUGGACGUCCUGGGCGAUCGCAAGACGAGCGGUCAAAUCACUGGCUCCAUCAAGAUCAACGGCGGUCCCCGCAACGAGUUUUUCAAGCGCAUCUCUGGCUACUGCGAGCAGCAGGAUAUUCACCUCUCUCAGCACACCGUCAAGGAGGCCGUUCUGUUCGCUGCCAUGUGCCGCCUGCCCGAGAGCAUCUCGAUCGAAGAGAAGCGCACUCGCGUCGACAGGGUCAUGUACGAGCUGGACAUGGAAGACAUUGCGGACGAUCUGAUUGGCACUGUCACGUCGGGCGGUCUGUCGCCCGAGCAGCGCAAGCGUCUGACAAUUGCCAUCGAGCUGAUUGCAGACCCGCCGCUUCUCUUCCUGGACGAGCCGACCUCGGGCUUGGACGCCUUUGGCGCCGCACUGGUCAUGUCCAAGAUUCGUCAAAUUGCCCAGAGUGGUCGCGCCGUCAUUUGCACCAUCCACCAGCCCUCGGCCGAGAUCUUUGGCAUGUUUGACCACCUACUGCUGCUCAAGAAGGGAGGCCACCAAGUGUUCUUUGGCCCUGUCGGCGAGCGCGCCUCGCUGCUCCUGGCCUACGUCAAGGAAAAGUUUGGCAUCGAGUUCACCUAUGAUCGCAACGUGGCCGACUGGGUCUUGGACACUGUCUGCCAGACCAACGAGCCAGAUGGCGCCCAGCAAUGGCGCGAAUCGGCCAACUGCCAAAAGACCAAGGAUGCACUCGCCAAGGGUGUCUGCACCCCGGACGUCAAGCCGCCGCACUUUGACACUCCCUUUGCCACAUCGUUCAGAACACAACUGAAGGAAGUUGCCUACCGUACCUGGCUGAUGACCUGGCGCAACCCGGCCCUUUUCAAGACUCGUCUUGGCACCUACCUCAUCAUGUCGCUUGUGCUGGGAUCCUUGUUCUGGCAACUGAACUACGAUACAACUGGCGCGACCGGUCGCAUUGGUCUGAUUUUCUUUGGUCUUGUCUUCAUGUCCUUCAUCUCGCAGUCGUCCAUGGGUGACAUUCUGGACUUGCGUGCUGUGUUCUAUCGUGAAAAGGCGAGCGGCACCUAUCACACUUCAGCAAUGUCAAUCAGCUUGCUCUUUGUCGAGUACCCGUUCCAUGUCUUCUACCUCAUCGUCUUCGUUGUGCCCUUCUACUGGAUGAGCAACCUGAGCGUCGAAGUGGACCGCUUCUUCUUCUUUGUUCUGAUCUACUUUGUCACCUUCCUGUGCGCCAACACCUUUGCUCAAACGGUUGCCGUGUAUUCUGCCAACCAAGCAGUGGCGAACGUUGUGGCUCCCAUGUUCUCGACCUUCUUUUUCCUGCUGGCUGGUUUCCUCAUCCCCAUCGAAUCAAUGUCGUGGAUUUGGCGUUGGUUUGCCUACAUGAACUACAUGGUGUACGCAAUCGAGGCGCUUGCUGUGAACGAGUUCCGGGGCCGCAUCUUUGAGUGCGAGGGCGACCAAGCGAUUGUCAUUACCAACCCGUACAAUUCCAGCGAGUCCAACAAGUUUUGCAUCAUGAACAAUGGCCAAGAUCUUUUGGAUUCUUUUGACCUCAACGAUCGCCAGUGGGGCGAUUUUGGCAUUCUUGUCGGUUACUACGUUGCUCUGGCCACGCUCGUGGUGUUGGGCGUUCGUUACUACUCUGCUCUCAAGCGCUAAGCCUGUCGAAGCUGUUUGAGGUGUCUAGGAAGCCGGUUUGGCUGUUUCGUUUUUGGAUUCAAUGUUGUGCUGUAUUAUAGCCUAUCAAUAUCAAUAUCAUUUCAUCUGCGCAA